CCUCUCUGCUCCCAGCCACUCGCUUCCCUCCCCGCCUUCCCGCUCUGCCUCGGCGUUCUCCCCCCUCAUCUUCCUCACCCGGCGUCUUCCUCCGGCUCCAGAGCCCCGGCAGCGCCCAUGCUGAGCACGGAAAGUUUCGCAGGGGCGAGAGCCCUGGGAGAGGAAUCGCUGCAGAUGUGGGACCUCAACAAGCGCCUGGAGGCGUACCUGGCCCGCGUGAAGUUCCUGGAGGAGGAGAACGAGGUGCUGCGAGCUGAAAUCCAGAGCAGCAAGAGCGGCCCGGCCGGGGAGUCGCGGCGGGUGAAGUACGAGGAGGAGCUGCGAGCCCUGCGGGAUGCGCUGGAUCGCGCCUUCAGGGAGAAGUGCACGGCCGAGCUGGCCAGGGACAACCUCUACGAGGAGGUCCAGCAGGUGAAAAGCAGGUGCCAGAAGGAGCAGGCAGCCCGAGAAGAAGCCAAGAAGCAGCUGUCCUUGAGCAGGAAGGAGCUGGAGGAGGAGAGGAGAGCGCAGAUCUGGCUGAAGGAGAGGGCUGUGCAGCUGGAGAAGGAGGUGGAAGCCUUGCUGGAGGUGCACGAGGAGGAGAAAGCGGGGCUGGACCAGGAGAUCGCGAGUUUCUCCCACAGCCUGGAGAGUUUCCGCUGUGCCCCGGUGGCUUUCCAGCCCGUGGAGGUGGAGGACUACUCCAAGAGGCUCUCGGAGAUCUGGAAAGGGGCGGUGGAGACCUACAAGACAGAGGUGUCUCAGCUGGAGGGUUCCCUCUGCCAGGCCAAGGAGAACCUGUGGAAGGCGGUGGAGGACAACCAGCAGAGCCAGCUGCAGCUGCAGCACCUGGAGAGGGACCUGGCAGGGCUCAAAGCACGGAAGGAGCUGCUGGAGGAGAGCCUGGCCCAGCAGUGGCAGGAGCAGCGCGGGGAGGCUGAGAAGUUCCAGCUGGCGAUGGAAGCCCUGGAGCAGGAGCAGCAGAGCCUGAGGGCGCAGAUCGCCCGCGUGCUGGAGGACAGGCAGCAGCUCAUGCACCUCAAGAUGUCCCUGAGCCUGGAAGUGGCGACCUACAGGGGGCAGCGAGAGGCAGCCAGGGGAGGGCUGGGAGAGCCGGGGAGCGGCUUCUUGGCCGCUCACGGCUGCACCUCGCUCUUUGCAGAUCUCAGACUGGAGGUGAGCAGCAGCAGCAGCAGCAGCAAACUGGUGCCAGCGAGCCCUGAGAGCAGGAGGCUGCUGCCCCGGGACCCCUGCACCAGCCCCUCCAUCUUCCCCAGGGCAGAGGGGAGGGGGCAGCUAGCAAAACCCCAAAGGGACACCCCGACAGGCAAAAGCCCGAGCCCCAGUGCCCGGGAGCUGCAGAAAAUCAGCUCAGUCCUCCACGGCACGGCUCCCAGCAGGGCUGGGGGGCUGGGAGCCCCUGCCUGCUCCACACCCAACCCCUCCCAGGCAGGAAAAGCUGCCCCUCCUCUCUCCCCAGAGCCCCCCAGCCCUUCGCCGCCGGAGCAGGAGAGCUCUGGGGGAGAGGGUCCCGCCUGGCCGGGGGGAGUGAUGAGCCAAGGCGUGUCCAGAGGCGUGGGGGACGCCCCCCGUGGCACCGCGCAGCCCCUGGGAGCCCUGCCCGCCCCCAGGCUGCAGUACCCGGCCCAGCUGGUCAGCGAGGUGCUGCAUGAUGCCCUCAAGGCCGUGGAAGACGAUGCUCAGCCCAAAGAAGAGCCCGCAUGGGCCCCCGGGGAUGCCUGUGUCCCCAGCCCCAUUUUCCCCGCAGAGGCCGUGCCUGGGGAAGAGCAGGAGGGCUCAGAGGGUGGUGACAGCCCUGAGGCAGAGGAGAGGGCUGGGGAGGGGGUGCUCCAGGCGCUGGGUGCGGAGAGCAGCGCCCCGCAGGACAGAGCAGUGUCCCCGCCGGGCACAGCUGCUUCCUUGGGAGCCUCAGGGAGCCAGGAAGAUUUGGGAGCUUGGGAGGAGGAGGAGGGGGUACCUGCCGUGCUGAGCCCAAGAGAUCCAGAAAUAGAGGCGCAGGAAGGGGACAGGGACCUCCCUGGACAGACAGUGAGCCGCUGGGAAAAGCCAGAGCAAGGGGAGGACAGGGCACAGACCCCAAGCACAGAGCCUUCACACCCCUCAGAGGAAGAGGAGGAGGAGGAGAGGGGACCCCACAGCCCCUGCAGGGAGAAUGGAGAUUUCCAGGAGGAAGGAACAGAUGUGCAAGAAGAGGAGUGUCCACACAGAGAAGUGGAAGCCGCUCGUGCUGUCCUUGCAGAAAGCCACCUGCUUUUGCUCACAAAAGGUCGCCUGGGAGAGAACUUUGUUGAUGCAGAGCAGGAAAGGAGUGAGCAGCAGCAAAUGCCCGCGUGUGAGACGGACCUGGCCGCAGAGGAGGAGAGGGGGCAGGAGCUGUGCCCGCAGCAGAGUGCCCAUGAGGCCACCCCAGCAGAGGAGGCUUGGUCAGGAGCUGGAGGAGAUGCUGUGGGAGGGGAGGACACAGGCAGGGUGGAAGGUGGUGAGGGAGAAAAGGGAGAGGCCAGCAGGGAGGUGCUGGGAGGAGAGGACCAAGGGGUAGGACAGAGCCCUGAGGGGGGAGAGGACUCUGGGGCAGGAGAAGGCUCUGAGGCAGCAGAGGAUCCCGGGGCAGGAGAGGACAGCCCAGAGUGGGAGAGCAGAGCCCCAGAGGGGCCUGAGGACACGCAGGAGAGCAGCUCUGUGGAAGAGGAGGGGGAGCAGAAACCAGGAGAGGAACCCUGGGGCCAGGGGGACGAUGGCCAUGGCCAAGAGCCCUGCCCAGAGGACUGGGAGGUGACAGCGCAGGACACUGACGGGGUUUGGGGGCCACGAGAGCCAGAUGGCACCUCGAGCAGCUCAGGACAGCUGAAAAGUGAGGAGAGAGAUGGCACACUGCCAGCAGAGCUGGAGGAAGCCCAGGAAGAUGAUGAAGAAGAUGCCAGGAGCCAGGAGAUGAGGCAGCAGCAGCCAGAUGAUGAUGAUGAUGAUGAUGAUGAUGAUGAUGAUGGGCUCAGCUCAGAGCUGGGGAAGCCAGAGAGCUCCCAGCUCGUAGCACUGAAGCAGGUGCCAGGGGACAGCGUGGAGAGCAGCGGGUGGGCACUGCAGGAGGUGCCCAGAGACCCAGAGGCCGCAGUGGGCACCGGCAGGAGGGUGGAGCUGGAGGACACGCUGCCGGACAGCACACCCCUGCACCUCCGUGGAGGGGCAGCAGCCAGCCCAGAGCCUCCAGAGACCGAGGAGAGCACGGAGACAGCUCCUCUGUCUGACACAGCUCAGGGGGGUGAAGGGUGGCUGGAGGAGAGGGACAAGCCACCAACUCCCACCAUGCCAGAGAGCCCUGAGGAGGAGGCAGGAGUGGCUGCUGUGGCAGAGGAGGAGGAGGAGGAAGGUUAUUUCAUGGUCUCUGCUCCCAGCCAAGAGGUGUCCAGCUUGGAGGAAGCUGAGAUCUCUGAGGACUUUGAAGAAAUCAAAGUCGAAGCCACUGAAGGCAGUCAAGACGAUCUGGGGGCUCCUGGAGAAGCAUCUCCAGUGCCAGAGGGCAAAGCGCACCCCGGGGUGGCAGAUGAAAACACAGAGGUGCCCACUGAAGAAGCUGAGGUGCCAAAGGAUGAGGAUGACACUGCUGAGCUGGAGGAAGGCCCAGCUGUGCCUGAAGCUGAUCCCAGCUGUGCUGGGGCCACGGGGCCAGCAGCAGGAGGUGCAGGUGAGCCAGCCCAGGGUGCCACGGGCACUGCAGCAUGCGAGGGACCAGAGCAUCCAGAAGGCUUGGCUGCUGGCUCAGAUGAGGAGCUCCACAGCACCGCUGAGCCGCAGAGGGAUGGCACUGGGGCAACAACCCUCCCAGGCUGCAGCCUGGGGCUGGCAGGGCAGCAGGAGGAGGAGGAGGAUGAGCCCAGCGUGGCUCUCCAGGACACAGCCGUGGCCACCCCUCCAGCAGGGCUGCAGGCAGAGCAGCCACUGCAAGAGAAACCAUCCACAGAGGAGGAGACACUCGACAGUGACAGCAGAGAGCAGCUCCCUGGGGCCAGCCCACCUCAGCUGGGCUCUGCUCUGGAGCAGGGAGGUUUUCCAGAGUCCAUUCCAGACAUCCCUGACGCUGCUGCUCUCUCUGCAGAGCUGCCCCUGGAGACCAUGAAAGACUCAGAUAUUUUGGAAAUAGUUGAGCAAGCCCUAGAAUUCCACCAGGAGCUGAUGGGGGUGGCAGAGGGUGGGCAGCAGGGCCCUGGAGGGACUGAGCUGCCCCAGGGUGCAGGGGAAGACUCCUCACCUGCCUCAUCCAGCGAGGAGGAGCCGACGGUGCAGGAGGCAGAGCUGGAGGGUGCGGUCCGGGCUGAGAACGGGCUGCACCGGGAGGCCAGUCUGGAAGAGCUGGCUGAAUUCCCUGAGGAGAUGCUGAACGGCAUCAGCAGCACAGCCCCAGCACAGGAGCCCCCCACAGACACCGGGGUGAUGCCCCCCACCCCUGGAGACGGCACGGCCGCCAAGCUGGGCGGUGCCCCCCUGAGGGGGAAGCUCGGGGCUGAGCCCAGCCCCGUGCCCCCCGCCCUGGGGGAGGAUGUGCUGUGCCUCGCACCUGAGCAGCCAGCAGUGUGUCACCUGAGAGCUGAGCAGGAGCCCUGCCCCUCGGGGGAUGAGUGACAGCGGCCAGGGGAGCGCCCCUCCCUGCCAAAACCCGCUUGUCCCACUCCUCUCCUCGUGCUUCCCCAUCUCCUUGUGGUUUUUAACACCUUUGUGUGGAUUUUUUGCACCCCUUUUCAGAGUGAAGAAUCACCGAGUUCCGUUCCCCCCCCACAGCCCACCCAAACUCGCAUGCUUGUUCUGGGACCCCUCCUUCAUUUUGGGUUUCCUCUGGGUGGGUUGCCGUGCCUGUAUUUAAUUUAAACGUUGUGUUUCUCCAUUCCCUGCAUUCUUCCCCCUCCAACUCCCUCAGUGUUUGCCCCAGGACACCCAGCUGCACCCCGGGACUCAGUGUUUUGGGGCUUCAUCACCCCAGGGUCCCCAGCCCCAAUCUGCUGACACUGGGGGCUGAGCCACGCUGGAUGUACCGACAUUAAUUUAAUAA